GAAAGGGAUAAACUCGUUGUGUGGCACAUUUAAGGCUCAGAAAACAUGUUUCCUUCUGACUUUGCUUGGGGAGCGUCAACUUCGGCGUAUCAAAUUGAAGGUGGAUGGCAGGCAGACGGGAAGGGACCGAGUAUCUGGGACACAUUUAGUCACGAGAAAGGACGAGUGUUCGAGGACCAGAAUGGAGAUGUGGCCUGUAACAGCUACGAGCUGUGGGAGAAAGACCUGGAGUGUAUCCGGCAGCUCGGACUGACGCACUAUCGGCUGUCUUUCUCAUGGGCCCGCCUCUUACCUGAUGGGACGACACGAAACGUCAAUCACAAAGGUGUGCAGUACUAUAACAGAGUGAUUGAUGAUCUGCUGGCCUGUCAUGUAUCACCAAUGGUCACUCUAUACCACUUUGACCUGCCUCAAGCUCUAGAAGACCUGGGGGGCUGGAAGUCACCAGGGAUAGCAACACAUUUUGACAACUAUGCCAAGUUUUGCUUCCAAACAUUUGGGGAUCGGGUCAAACUCUGGCUCACAAUCAACGAGCCACUAAUAUGUGCCAAACUAGGUUAUGAAGAUGGCAUCCAUGCUCCAGGGGUAAAAGAAAAAGGCAUUUCUGCCUACCAGGUUGGGCACAACUUGCUGCGAGCUCACGCCAUGGCGUGGCACAGCUACGACUCCGAGUACAGAGCCACGCAGAGGGGUGCUGUGUCGUUGGCCCUCAACAGCGACUGGCUUGAGCCGUUAAAUCCUGGCUCUAAUGAAGACAUCGCCGCUACCGAACGAGAUCUUGUAUUCACACUGGGGUGGUUCGCUUGGCCGGUGUUUGUCACUGGAGAUUAUCCAGAAAUGAUGAGGUCUGCCAUCGAACAUCGAAGCAAGAAGCUGGGAUACAGCGGUCCCCCAAGACUUCCCAGUUUCUCAAAGGAUGAUCCAACCAUUUUGGGAACAGCUGACUUCUUCGCACUGAACUACUAUACGUCCCGAAAAGUCAAAGCAGGGGGAGAUGCUGAGCAAACGUUGUGUAUGAAGAGUGAUCGAGAUGCAGAGGAGUUUAUAGAUCCAUCCUGGCCCAUUUGUGGCGUGUCCUGGCUGGCUGUGGUGCCCUAUGGCUUAAGGAAACUUUUGAAAUAUAUAAAGGACACCUUCAAUGACCCAACAGUCUACAUUACAGAGAAUGGCUUCUCUCAGAUGGGGCCUCUGCAGAUGGAGGAUGUUCAACGUUGUGAGUUUUCCAGCAGCACCAUCUUGGAAGUGGCUAAAGCUAUGCAGGAAGAUGGAGUUAAAGUCCGUGGAUAUUUUGCGUGGUCUCUGAUGGACAACUUCGAAUGGGCUGAUGGAUUCAGCGUUCGUUUCGGGCUCUUCCACGUGGACUUCUCUGAUGCCAAGCUGAGUCGAACCAUGUACCUGUAUGGGCAGGAAUAUGCAAAGAUCAUCUCAAAACACCACAAUUCUGGGCAAACCCACUGA